CCUCCGCUGACCCCGCCCCCUCGCCCUCUCAUUGCAGGAGACGGCAGCUUCUGCCAAAUUCUGUAUGACCACAGAGCCUCGCCCCCCGCCCCGGCCGACCCCCCGGGACCCCCCAGCCCCGAGUCGCCCCAAACCCUGCCCAGCCCCGAAGUGGCCCCAGCCCCGCCCUCCGGGGUCCCCGAACCCUCGCCCGCCAUCGCCAAAGCCAAGGAGUUUGUGGCCGACAUCUUCCGCCGGGCCAAAGAGGCCAAGGGGGGCACCGCCCCCGAGCCGGCGCGGCCGCCCGCGCCCGAGGCGCCCGCGCCCGAGCCGGGCUACGUCAACUACACCAAGCUGCACUACGUGCUGGAGUCCGGGGAAGGCGGGGAGGCCGGCCACGAGUUCCAGGACGACAAGAUCUCUCUGCCCUUCGUGGUGACCGAUCUCCGCGGCCGGCACCUGCGGCCCAUGCGGGAGCGGACGGCCGCCCAGGGCCAGUGUCUGACGGUGGAGCAGCUCACGCUGGACUUCGAGUAUGUCAUCAACGAGGUCAUCCGCCACGACGCCACCUGGGGCCACCAGUUCUGCUCCUUCAGUGACUACGACAUCGUCAUUCUGGAGGUCUGCCCAGAAACCAACCAGGUCCUCAUCAACAUCGGCCUGCUGCUCCUGGCCUUCCCCGCGCCCAUCAAGGAGGGGCAGCUCCGACCAAAGACCUACCACACCAGCCUCAAGGUGGCCUGGGAUCUCAACACGGGCAUCUUCGAGACCGUCAGCGUGGGUGACCUCACGGAGGUCAAAGGGCAGACCAGUGGCAGCGUGUGGAGCUCGUACCGCAAGAGCUGCGUGGACAUGGUCAUGAAGUGGCUGGUGCCCGAGGGCAGCGGCCGCUACGUCAGGGGGCUGAGGGCCAUCACUCCGGUUCCCGCAGGGUGCUCGCUGAAGGUGCUGGCGGACAGCGAGCGGUACACGUGGAUCGUGCUGUGAGGGUCCCCGGGCCCGACUCCAACUACCUCCGAGCCGAGCCCCGCCGCCGCCGGGGAAGCUGCGGGAAGGGGCCCCGCGGGCCAAGCCUGGUGUUCCGCGUCGCAUUUUUAUUUAUGCCUAUUUAAGUUGCGGGGUGCGAGGGGCGCGCCCGCCUUCCCACCGCCCCCCGCGCUGGGCGCCACCGCCCUGCGCAUGCGCCCUCCUCAGCGCCAGGGUGGGCACGGCCCGGGAGAGCCCCGGCGCCCCCAUCCGC